AUGUCGUCGCUGGCGGCGGCGCAGGCCGACGGCUACUACUACCCGGCCGAGUGGCGGCCCGAGCAUGGCUCGCUCAACCAGUUCCACGGGUCGCACCCGCUGGGCAAGCGCGCCAAGCGCCUGGCGAGCGACGGCGAGCUCGUGGUGCGCUUCGAGAUGCCCUUCAGCGUCUGGUGCGCGCACUGCGACGUCCACAUCGGCCGGGGCGUGCGCUUCAACGCGCGCAAGAGGAAGGCCGGCAGCUACUUCACGACGACGGUGUGGGAGUUCCGCAUGAGCUGCGCCGGCUGCGGCGGCGAGAUGGUCGUCCGAACGGACCCGCGGGCGCGGGGCUACGAGCUCGUGAGCGGCGUCAGGGAGAAGGCGGAGGCGGCGGACGCCCAGGAGACGCAGACGGAGCGCCUCAACGACCCGGAGCUGGCCGUCAAGCUGCAGAGCGACCCCUUCUUCAGACUCGAGCACGAGAACGAAGACAAGCGGGCGGCCAAGAGGCGCGCGCGCGGGCUCGAGGCGCUCGUGGAGCUGCAGGACGCCCAGUUCAAGGACGACUACGCCAGCAACGCGGCGCUGCGGGCGCAGUUCAGGGGCAAGAAGAAGCAGCGCAGGAGCAGGGAGCAGGAGGCCAAGCGCCUGGGGCUCGGCAUCCCGCUGCUGGACGUGCAUCCGGACGACGUGCUGGCGUCGAGGGCAGUCGUGUUCAAGGACAUCCCGCAGAAGCGGCGGCCGUCGAGUCGGCGGUCAGAGCCGUCCAAGUCGCGACGCAGUAUCAGCUCGAGGGACUCUGCUGCUUCAGCUGUGAGAGACUCUAGCCCACUCUCGGCGAGAGUGGACUCGUUCCAGCACUUUGGCGACCCUGUGGGCUCCCAGUUGCAGCGUCUGAGGGCGGCCAAACAUCGAGCGGCGAAGACGCGGCCACCGCCUCGCAAGUGA